ACAUUGAGGUUGUGACAUCGUAACCGCUCUAACACAACGCACACGGCGGCGGCAUUGUGGUCGGGAUGUAUUCAUCAUCAAGAAGAAUGUCAGCUUCAGGAAACGGCUCGGCCUCUGAUUGGACGGGGGGGUGGGCCACGUGACCGGUUUUCCCAACCGGAGUUUCCACGACAGCUGGAAGCCGAGCGGGCACAGGCGCGUCGUCGGUUUCUUUGAAAAAUAACAAGGACUAUCCUCGUUUCAACACCUUCAAAUAAACCCCGUCUGGCAUGGGCGACAAGAGGAGUCCUACAAGGCCGAAGCGUCAACCGAAGCCCUCCUCAGACGAGGGGUACUGGGACUGUAGCGUGUGCACGUACAAGAACACGGCGGAGGCUUUUAAGUGCAUGAUGUGCGAUGUCAGGAAAGGCACGUCAACAAGGAAGCCUCGCCCGGUCUCCCAGCUGGUCUCCCAGCAGCAGGUAACGCAGCAGUUCGCCUCCCCCACGCAGCCCAAGAAGGAGAAGAAGGAGAGGGUCGAGCGAGAGAAGGGCGAGCGAGAGCCCGCGCCGCUCAAGAAGAACGGUCACAAGAAGAUGAGGCCGCGGUUAAAAAACAUCGACCGCAGCAGUGCGCAGCACCUGGAGGUGACCGUGGGCGACCUCACGGUCAUCAUCACCGACUUCAAGGAGAAGGCCCGCCCCUCGCCCCCCAACGCCUCCUCCACCCCCACCAGCGUCCCCGCCCCCACCAUCACCACCACCUCCUCCUCAUCCUCGUCCUCCUCCUCUUCGGCCGCAGCCGCUAACGCCGCCGCCGCCGCCGCGGGCGCCAUGGACCACCACAGCCACAACGGCUCGGGUUCGGAGAACACGGACCGGGGGGUGUCACGCUCCUCCUCCCCCCGCGGCGACGAGGGGGCCUCCGUCAACGGGGAGUCCCACUGAGGGCCGGGGCCGGGGGGGAGGAGGGGACGCCAUCUUUCUUUUCUGUCUUUCUUUCUUCCUUUGUUUCUUUCACCGCUCUCCCUCCUCUUCCCGUCGAGAAGACUGUACCUCGAUGACCCCCCCCCCCCCCCCCAACGCCCACCCUCUCCACCUCAUUACCGUAACCUCUCUAGCCUCAGACGCAGGCUCUUAAGUUCUGGGGAUCCCGGGGAGGACAUCUCUGACCCUAACCGUCGUCAACGGCGACGGCACACGACUCCAGAAACGGAUUCCACCUACGAAACUUUACUUUGUGCUCCUUUUCCUUCUCUUUUCCUAUCCCUCUGCCCCCUGACUCAACAGCGACUAGAACAUUUGGGAGAGCUAUCUCUUCCUUUGAGUGUCGGAUGAUGUUGAGGGCGACAGGGGCCGUCAGGCCUUUUGGGGCGGACCAGUCGGGGAAAAAACCUCCCAAUGCAAGCUUUCCUCGGACGUGCGACUGUUAUAAGGGGGGGGUGGGGGUCAGGACUAAUGGCAGAGGACAGCGCACCGCCCAGGUCGACGCCCCUUCUCACGGACAGCGUACUGUAACUCAUCUCCAUGAGUUACGGUUUAAAUCGGGACGUGACCAGAGAAUCGCGCCGCGGCCGUCGACGUAGAGCUGCCCUCGCUGACCGGACCUUUGUGGAAACCCCUCUUCUUUUUGCCGCCAGACCUCGCACGACCCCUCUCUUGAUUGUGUCCCCGAAUAUAUCCCCAAGAACGGGUUUAAUCUUCCCACACAAGCCCUUCCUCAAACCCCCCCACCCCCCAGAACCUUUACAGUCCCGAGUCUCCUUGUUCCCCCCCCCCCCCCCCCUUCUGCUCUGGAACCUGCAGGAACCUCCUCUACAAACUGCACAACGUGCCAUAGCGACACCAGCAUCGGUCGUCAGUACCCCCCCCCCACACACACAACCUGGACUUCAUUUAAAAACUAAAAAACAUGUCGUACUCGCUACCGACUUUCGUGAAAUUUAUUUGUGUGCAACUGGGGUACACUUGAGUGCUGUCAGGUCCACCUGUCCCUUCCCCGCCCCCCCCCCCCCCCCCCCCCUUCCCCCACACCCCAACCCCCCCGCAAAACAAAAGAAAUGGGACGAGCCGACAUUGACACAAAAAAAACAAAAUGGACGCCAGGCGGUGGAAACGCAUCCGAGCGCUCGUGCUGCAAAAGAACCCGCGGGGGUUUGGGCCGGCGCCGCCGCCGUCUAGCGCAAGACCAGUGCGACUGAAAGCCCACUGGUGCUGGCACACUUCUUCCCCCAGUGGACCCAGUGGGAUACGCCGGGCGGCGACGUGCUUGUACAACGGAGAGUUGCGACAAAAAAGAAAAGGAGAAAACUUUGGAUUUGUUCUCUUCCAAAAACUUCGCAAAAAACGGACCCUUCCGGACAAGCACAUUACGUAGCUGUAUAGAUGAAAUAGCUUGCAAUAUGACAGACUUCAGAAAACUGUUAAAGUACCACUUAAAUGAAAUGUUACGGUGGGCGGUCGGGGCGAGACAUUUUUUUUUUUUUUGGUUUGGAAUACACUACACUCUAUUGUAAAAAAAUAAAUAAAAAAAAUACAAAUAAGACUAAUAAAAAAAAAUAAAAAAAACAUACAUAUAUUACACUGCAACUCUAAAUCACACUGUCUAAAGGAUGGCUUUUGAAAUUGUAGAAUAAUUUGUUCCACAAAGUGUAUUUCUAUUGUAUUACAAUGUUUUAUCGUGGGUGUAUCAUGCAUUAAAACCAGUGUUAUCGUCGAAAUGUUCACUUAGUACAGGUCCUUACUGUCAGGGCAUGAUGACACAUUCCCUGGAAUAUAAACGUACGUACAUACGAGAGAAACGCUGCCUUGUACAUUUAGGAUGAUAUCAUUUGAUGUGUUCUUCUAAUAAAACUAAUAACCAGGUAUCGGCUGCGCCAUACUAGCUGGGACUAGUAGUGUGAGCUCAUGAGAAAUGUUUGAAAAUAUCAUUUGCCUCGAAAAUGAAAGACAUUUGUCAUUGUUCGGAAAAAGCAUUAUCAUUCAUUCUUGAGACAAGUAUGCGACAUUUCAUUUUUUUUAUUUUAUUAUUUGGUUUUUUGACAUGCUCUCCUCUUUCAACUUGUGUCGAUUUAAUUUAGUAGGCCUACAUGUCGAAAUAAGAGUGACUAAAGUUGUGUGUUUGCAUCUUUCGUUAGUCUGCUAUUGUUUUCUUUCUCACACAUGCACAGAUUCGGGGAGUUUUCGGAUCAUAUUGUCAUUGUCAUGUCAGCAUUGAUAAGAUGUAUCUGAAAUGCUUGAGUUUCAAGCUUCCUCAACAGCCCAAAACAAGGAACAGUGCAAACAAGUAAAUAAAAUUAAAAAUUUAAGAAUCUUAAAACAAAA